UCUCGGAAUCUGAUUGGCUGGAGCGCUAACUGCUAACUGCCGCGGAGUUUAAACAUAAAUCUUGGGCUUCGCGGAUUAUCGAACUUCCAAGCAAGUGUGGGCGCCCACAGCUGAAGGGGUUGCCAGUCGGCGCGGGCGAGGCCUGCGGUGCUCGCACCCUUCUCGGCAGCUCCUCCUGGCGCCACAGUUCUCGCCGCUGCGCGGCGGCUUGUAAGGCCGGGACGCGGAGCCGGCUUCGGCUUGGGCGUUAACCUCCGUUCUGACUUUGAGCCCCUAGCUGAGCGAGGGGUCGCUAUUAACUUUCAGAAAUGGAGUACCCAGGGAUAGAAGUUGACUCUGUUACCUCUGGAAUUAAGAGACGAGUGAAGGACAGAAUUGCAAAGACAAAGUUGAAUGUUUCUCUUGCUUCAAAGAUCAAAACAAAAAUAUUAAACAAUUCUUCUAUUUUCAAGAUCUCUCUAAAGCACAACAACAGAGCAUUAGCUCAGGCUCUUAGUAAAGAGAAAGAGAAUUCUCGAAGAAUUACUACCAAAAAUAUGCAAUUACAGAAAGAAGUAGAGAAACUGAAUUUUGAAAAUACCUUUCUUCGAUUAAAGCUGAAUAACUUGAAUAAGAAGCUUAUAGAAAUAGAAUCACAUGUGAGCAAUAAUUUGUUAACCGCAAUUGAAAUGAGCAGUCUUUCUGAGUUCGAUCAAAGUUCUUUUCUCCUGUCAGCUAACAAGAACAAAAGGAUCAGUAAGCAGUGCAAGCCUGCACAUCAGACAUAUGCGAGGGUUCUAUUAACUUCAGAAAAUGAUGAUGACAAUGAUAAUGAUGGUGCUGAUGAUAAAUGGAAUACAAAGAAUAACAACAGAACUACAUCAAAGACAUCACCUGAUAGUACCUCUUCCGUAUCAAGACAACCUUUAUCCUUACAGCAAUGUAAUUUGGAAGUAUUCCUUCCUAAAGAAGAUAAUCAGAAAACAUGUGGUUCAGGUCAUCUAGAACAUACUUCAAAUGUUGAUAUACUUCCUAAUGAGAGCCAUUGCCACCCAGAUCAAAGUCCUAAGAGUUCUCUGAGUGAGAUGGAAACUGCUCCAUCUCCCAGCCUCAGACUAGAAAAAUUAUCACUUGAUAAUGUGACUAAGAGGAAGAAGUGUGUGUCGUCAACUGCAGACAUUCUGUAUGUGACAAAUUUAGAUAACCAACUGAUUUCAAGUCCAGUAUCAAAUUGGAAUAAUGAGAUAAAUGGUGAUACUAAUGAAACCAGUAAUAACACGCAAAGAAAUACAGAGUGCUUUCUUGACUUACCUUCCGAGUCUUCCAGUGUUCCUAAUGCAAAGUGCGUGGAGCAAGUACAGAACACUGAUAACUUCCACUUGCAGAAAACUUUGUGUGACUACGCCGACAUGGAGUUAACUGCUACUGAUGUAGGCAAGAUUGUAGCAAUUUCAAAAAGCAAUAAAAAUCAAAAGAAGAAAAAAGCAGAUUGUAGAAAGGAGACUUUCAGAAAAGUGAAAGGUACAAGCUCUGAUAAAAAGAGAGAAUGCACAAAGAGAAAAUGUAAAGGUAGUUCAGAAGAAGAUGCUGAGGAAAAGAGUGAGACCAGACCAGAAGGAGGCUCUGGUGUCCUAGAUGGCACAGGGGAUUCAGAAGAUCCAAGCUGCAUUUCCAAUCCUGAACAGCCAUCUCAGGUAAACAUGCAGAAGAAAAUCACCCCCCAGAACAGCUCAGAUCAGGAGGACAUUCAAAAUAAAAAGAGGAGGCAAACAUAUACGACAGAUGAGCAAAAGGAAGCAUACUCUUUGUCCAGACAUUCAGUCAAAUCCCUUCAAGAUGGCAAAUUUGAUCUGUAUCAGAACCCCCUACACCAGAAUUUAAAUAAGCCUUCUCGACAGACAUUUGUGAUUCAUAAAUCAGAAAAAGUUAAUUUAUUUCCAAAUCAAGAAGAUAAAGACACCACUUCUGAAAACCUAGAAGUUACAAAUGAAUUUUAUAAACCCGAUCUUUCCAUCAAAGCUGAUGAAAAUGUAUGUGACAAUGAGACUGAGACAAUGUUAGAAUUGAAAAAGUAUGUCAAUGCUCAACAAAAUCAAACAAAAAUAAAUAAGACUAAGCAGAAAAAUCGAAGGACAAAAAUAAUUUCUAUCACGAACCAAAUAUAUGAAGACAAUGAUAAAGAUAUUCAUGCCCUAGAAAAAGGCAACUUUCCCUUCCAAACCCAAGCAAAUAAAGAAACCACCAGUGGAAACCUAGAAGCUUCAGAAUCAUUUGAAAUACCUCUUGUUUUCACAAGGGACAACAGAAGCUCAUGUGACUAUAAGACCCAGAAUGUUCUGGAUCAGCACAAGCAAAUUGCUGGUAUAUACCCUGCUCAGAAUGAGUCCCAAAUUAGCAAAAACCCUAGGCAGAAAAUAAAUCGCAAGACAGAAGUAAUUUCUGGAGUGAAUUGUUUUAGUAAUGACAAAGGUGUUCAUUGUUCAGAAAAGGAUAAGUCUUUCUUGCUACAAAUGGAUAAAGACAUCCCUGGAACCUUAAAUGACUUAAGUGAGUUUGAUAUGCCUGCUUUUUGUAACAAAGAUAGUGCAAAGUCAUGUAAUUAUAAGCCUGAAAUGCUCUUAGGGUUGGAAAAACAAGACCCUAGUAUGCAACUUGCUUGUCAAGAUGAUUCAAAAGUAGAUAAGAAGCUUAAACAAAAGGUAAAUCGAAAGACAGAAAUAAUUUCUAAAAUCACCCAGAUACAUGAAGAUGAUGGAGGAAGUGCUCCUGACCCAGUAAAUAAGAAGCUCAGUCAGAAGGUUAAUAUAUCAGAAAUCAUUUCUCAAAUGAAUCAAAUAUAUGAGACUGUUAAUGAAGAUGGGAAUGGCUUUAAAAGCUCUAUCAAAGAUUGCCAAGAUGUUAAAAGUUGUGACUUUGGGGAAAUCAACAGUAAAAAAAAGGAAAAUUGUGGUCCAAUUCAAAAUCCUUCCACACUAGUUAAAAAAACAAAGAAAAAGGUAUCAUGUAAAGCAGGGAACAGUUUGACAGGAGAUAAGAACAGGUGUACUUUGCAGCUAACAGAUUCUUCACAGGUGUCUGUCACCUUAGAUGCUGGCUUAAAGCAUGGUCCGAAUAAAGCAACUUCUAGUCCUGGAGAGAAGGCUAACCUGCCAAAGAAGCGGAAACAAAGCACUGUGAGCUCACUGGGAGAUGCCUUGUCUGUGAGCGUGGUAAAAGGAGGAAGCCAGCCAGCCAAAGCAGUUAGUAAAAUGACAUCCAACUCAAAGAAAGGAAAGACCCCUCUAAGUUGUUCUUCUGAAACCCAUGGAACAGCGGAGAUAACACCCAGCACUGACCUCACUAAGGCCCUUGACUCCCAACAGUCUGAGAAGGAGAACUGUUUGGAGAAUGAGAAGAUUGCCAAGAGUAAGCCAGACUUUUGUACAAAGGUGUUGAAACCUUUAUCUCAGACAUGUUCAUCUAACAUACAGAAUUCUUCCUUGGACAGUAUGUGUAAGAGGUCUCUACCUUUGAGCUCUUCUUCUAGUAAAAAUCUGAUGCUAGAAGAAAGUUCCUCCUUGGCGAGUACAUGCAUCUUUCAAGUAGGGGAUGAUGCUCAUAAAAAGAUAAAGGAAGGCACACAGAAGUCAAGACCAGGCAGCAGAACGUCCUUGGUCUUGAUGAAUACCACUUCUGUUUCGAGUAACACUGCAAACCCUAAGGAUGAGUCAGAAGAUGAGUCUUCAUAUCUGAUGAGAAGGAAAAGACAGUGCACCCCUCUCAACCUGGCAGAGCCAAGCCUUAAAAACAAGAUGAGAAGAUGAAGUCAAGGUGAAGUAGAUACGGAUCCUAGUUUUUCUGAGUUCUCAAUGCACACGUCAGAACAGAAGCCUAAGAAGGACAUGAAACAAAGAAGGAUUCGGUUGGUUGAGUUUUGUACAUGAAGAAGUGUUCUGUUUUUGUUUUUGUUUUUGUUUGACCUUUCUUGGAUUAUUGCUAGAUCUAUGUGCAUAAUAUAGCUAUAUCUUAGAUAAUAAACUUAAAAAAAAAAAAAACCACUGGUCAUCACAUAACUUGUUGAUUUAAAUUUCUAUCAAAAUCAUAUAACCAAGCAACUAUUCCUUUAACCAAGUAAAAUGUAUCAAUAGAUAGUCUUGCAUUGGUUAUCUUGUAUAUCAUGCUAUCUUGUGUUUUGCUUUUGAGCCAUUCAGUUACAUGAAGAUCAUAGAGGAUUUGAAAAUCAUCUAUUGUUGGAGCAUGUGUCUGGCUCCUCUCACCAUUCUAUGUUAGGAACACUUGUUUGGCAGCAGCCUGUCUCAGUUACACAUGGCAGGAUGACUGAGACAGAGGAAGCUGUCGUGGUUAACAGCAUCUCUAAGAAUUUCGGGCCACAUAGGAGAUAUGCACUCUAGGCAUACUGAGAGUAGCUUUCCAGAUUAGUGAAGGUGGUAAGCGCAGCACCAUCCCAGACUGGGGCUGUAAAGAAGGUAAUGGAGAAGACUGGUUGUCCCCAACAUUGCUCUUUUCUAACUUGCUGAAAUGUGAUUGGCCACCUCACAUUCCCACUGCCAUGGCUUCUCCACCAUGAUGGGUUUUAUCCCUUCAGACUGUACACCUACUCCUUUAAAAUACUUUUUUAUCAGGUAUUCAUCCCUGCAACCAGAAAAGUAGCUAGUACCCUAGCUUUUCAGACAUUUAAGUGUGUGUGUGUGUGUGUGUGUGUGUGUGUGUGUGUGUGUGUGUGUGUGUGUGUGUGUGAAUGCCAUGGGAAUACCGUCUGUGUAGGUAAGAGAGCCACAGGAGCUUGACUUACAGGCCAGUGUGAGUGGUUGGAACCAAGCUCAGAUCCACUGGAAAUGCAGCAAAUGCUUUUAACCACCGAGCCACCACUCCCAGACAGGUAAGGCAUAUGCACAGAAGAGUACAUGAAUCCUCUAGAGCUGGAGUUAUAAGAGGUUGUGAACCAUCUGGCAUGGUUGCUAGGAACUCAAUUUGGGUCCUCCAUAAGACCAUGAACUGAGCUGUCUUUAGCCCAUUUCCAUUUAUUAUUAUUAUUAUUAUUAUUAUUAUCAUUAUCAUUAUUAAGUAAUAGUCCUUAUGUCUGAGCCCACUACAUAGUUUCCCACAGUCACAAUUAGGCAAGCUUUAGCUGAUGGAGGUAUAAACACUUUCUUAGAUAAUUUCUGCCUAAUAAAGGGAUAGGCCCACUAAUCUGUUCAUGAGCACUUGAAGUAGUCCUUGAACUGUCUUAGGAUGACAGGUUUGAGACCUGUUUAUUGCAGGAGAACAAGGCACAGAAUUCUUCUUAACAUUAAGGAUGCCAUCUUGACUGCUAAAACACAAGAACACACCACCCUGCUUGUGCAAUGGAGGUUGACGGCCUUGUCAGAGGAGCGUUUACACUGUGGGGAGAGUUGCCUCCCUGACAGUCUGCUCAUGCUUCAGGAAUACUGUUUAGGACUUCUGACCUCCUGGAGUUCCUCUGACAAGAUAUUUUUUGUUGCUUUUUUUCCCUACCUUCCAUGAGAUUUUUCUUUUAUUUAUCUCUCCCAUGAAAAUUACUUCAUAUUUUAUAGCCAGUCUCUUUCUUGUUUCUACUUUUGGUAGAGUUUCAUUAUACUUAAAAAAAAAAAGUUUCUGAGUUAUAAAAGUACCCACGGUUUUAAUUUUUUAAUUUUUUUAAAUUGUGUGCAUACAUGCAUACAUGCUACAGAACAUGUGGAGGGUCUGUUCUCUCCUUUCAUCAUGAGGAUCCCAGGACAGAACUCAAGUCAUCAUGUUUGCUUUUUGCCCAUUGAGCCAUCUUUGUGAGUCCUACAUUUAAAUUUCAGACUAAUAGAGAGUUUAUGUAUGGUGUGAAGUAUACCAGUAAUAUUUUACUAUUUCUCAAGUGAUCUAUUGAACACACACCUAUUUACUGAUUUGAAGUUUUUAGUGUUGUGUUUCCAUGUGUGUCGAUUGUUGAUUUUCCUUUUGUUCACUUGUAUGUCAUUUUAUGACUUAAUUCUCUUUAGAAUGUCAGUGCUUUCCUCAUAGGUUUUGCAAAUCUUAUAAUAAAUUUAUCAUUAGGCACUUUGUCCUUCUAUGGGGUUGACACAAGCAAGGCUUUCUCUUCAGUUCUCCUAAUUUACUGUUUACAUAUGUGAAGAUUACUGAUGUUUGUAUGUUGAUUAAUAAACCCUGUUGCUUUGAACAAUA